CCGGAUCAUUCCGCUUUGCAGACUGGAGCGCUCCGUUGCUGCUGCUUUCUUAUCCUCCAAUUGUUACCAACCACUGAGUCUCCUUUGAUUUUGUGGGUCUAUCUAUCGGCAAAACUUGAGAAAAUUUACCAGAUUUACCAGCGACCAACCACAAAUUAGAUAUCUACCAAAACUUUAUAAUUUCCUUGACAAGUUUCCCAUCGGAAAUUGACCUGCAAACUUUGUUGUAGAGAGAAUUAUUGAAACUCGUUAUUUAUUAGGAAAUCAUAUCAGAAAUAAAUAGCUGUCUCACUAGCAUAUCUUGACAAAAGAGCUGAUUUGAGCUUUACAAUUUACUAGUGAAGAAGAAGUCAACCCUCUCACUUUCUGGAUCAUUUAUUCACCAAUAUUGGAGCAAAAAAAGUCGUAUUGCAUUACAUCACACGUUGCACACCAGCCCAUGUGCUUCGCAGCGUAUUGAAGACCAAACCACGAACUACAUCACUUCCGUUUACACACUUCUCUCCUUCGUCUCGAAGAAAGUAAAAGUCUUCGCCAAGGUCGGCCGGGUAGUAUCAAAUUAAAAAAAGUGGGAAAAUGGUAGCUGUGAAAAUGCUGUGGGUCCUUUGGAAAAACUUUUCGACCAACUUUUCCUUCUCCAAUGGAAAUGGUUCAGCCGACCAAAAACGUGUCCGAUAUAACCGACUCCGACCUCAAAACAAGAGUCGUUCCCACCCCGCGAACCUCAGCUCGAAUUGCAAAAAAGAUGUCAAUCAGACUUCGACAAGAGGUGGGAGUAGCUCUGGAGGAUUGACCACUUCGGCAUCGUAUGACACCAAUGGGAACAAAUUGCCGGGAUCAUCCGCUUCAUCGUCUUCUUCCUCCUCCACACCAGCAACACCAGGGUCGGACGGAGGGGAAAUUGAGACUGGAUGGAGGUACGACUUCGAUUCGGACUCGGACUAUGAGGACGACGAUGAUGCUGCGACCCCACAGCAGGCAGUUGACAGUGGGGAUGAAUCAUCCGAUUUUGACGACGAAGACGAGGGAUUGACCUGUGAUGUGUGCGACAGAGCUUUCCCCACUUCCCGAAAAUUAGCAGAUCAUCAACAGAAAAAGCGACAUUUCGGAUGUCUGCAGUGCGAUUCGAUAUUUCCGAGUUCUCAGGCCCUCAGUCACCACAGGGAGCAGAUGGAUCAUUACGACUUUGUCUCCGACUACGGCUCUGACACGACAUCCUUCGAAUCUGAUGAAGAAGGAUUUGAGGACGAAGAAGAACGGGAACGUCUCCUGUGACAUUGUAAUUCAUCCAAGUGCACACUAACCGAACCUCCGCACCCACUUUCACCCAAAAAACAAUCCGUAUCUUCACACAACCAAAAUCAACCUACGAGUCUGAAUCUGGCUAAUUGUUCGACUAGUUUUAACGCUAAUUUUACCGGUGGUGGCGUCGUAGAUAAGUUGUCUACGCUACCACCAAAUAAUGUGAAACCCCACCGUCACAUUAUUCAACUUCGGAGGUUCGGGCGUGGGUGUAGCACUUGGGUGUAAGUAAACAAAACCAUGUAUCAUCACACUUAAUUGACGAUUUUGGUGUGAAAUGCACACUUUAUUAAUUUGUAGAAAAUUGAGUUGAUUUAUUUGUGCGAGAGAUAUCAUAAUUUUGUGUAAGUUGAGAGUUGUUGUGAUUGUGAUGAGAUAUUUAAUAGGGUAAGAAUUUGAGGACUUGCAUACCUUUUAUUCUAGGCUGUAUUUAUGCUUCAUUCCUUUGUAACUUGCGCCAUAGUUAAGGAAUAACGUUGGCGCAAGUUGUGAAAGAGUGAAGUAUAACCAUAUUAUAUUAUAUUAUAUUCAGUACUUAGGAUUAAUUCUUGAGUACCUUAGUGAGUAGUGUCACCACUGAUUGACAUAUUUGUAAGGAUGGAGUGGAUUUUACAAUGUACAUACAGUAUCAAUGUUUUAAGAUCACAAAGUACUGAAGAGGCAGGCUCUUCUAAAAUUCCUCUUUUCCCCUAAUCCUCCCUUUUAUAGUUUAUUAAAGUGAAGGGUAUUUACAAGGUCCUAAAUUACUUGGGAUCUUGCUGUGUAAAAAUUGAGCCUGCCUCCAUCAUCACAAGAACUUUGUUGCGUUGCUAAAUAUAAAAGUUUAUUAUCACAUUUACUGCGUAAUAUUUGUGUACCUGACAUUAAGUGUCAAACCAGAGAACAUAGUUUAUUAGAGAAAUUGUAGUUAGUAAUUGGGUCUUGACGAACAAAACAAAAUGCAUAGAUUAUAAAUAUAUAGUUCUAUCAGAACAAGAAUUAAAGUAAAAUUAAAAAAAAAAUAUGGAAUUAAAGUAUCUACUUAUCCAUUAAAGAUUAUUAUAGAGUUAAAGUUGACUGUAAUUUUUGAAGUUUGAUCUACAUAUUUAUGUAGAUACUUAUGUAUGUAUAUACUUAUAUAUCAAUUAUAUCCUUAUCCUAUUAUAGCACCUAAAAGUAUAUGGACCUGUAAUUUUACCUAAUAUUCACCACGGGCAGAAUCGAUAUAGCACACAUAUUUAUGAAAUUGUCUAUCUGGUUGUACCACUUUGUGAUUUAGAAUUACCUACAAGAACAAGUAUAUCAAACAAAUCACCUCUUUACAACUAUGUAUCAGGUAUGUAAUCGUGGGAUAAUUUACUUACUCGUACUUACAUAUAUAAAUUGAAAAUAAAGUAUAUUUACUUUUUAUCGAAA